AUGUCUUCGAAGGAUAAGAAACCGGCGAGACCGUCAAGUAGUCGUGCUGGUAAAAUCCGCACUCUUUCCGAUCUCAAUCGUAGGUCUGGACCUGACUCCGACAGUGAUUCCGACGACGCACCUCAGGAAUACUACACCGGCGGCGAGAAAAGUGGUAUGCUUGUGCAGGAUCCUUCGAAAAAAGAUGAUGUUGAUGAGAUAUUCAACCAAGCUAGACAGCUAGGAGCUGUGGAAGGACCUCUCGAGACUCCAUCAAGCUCGAGGAGCUUCACCGGAACUGGGAGAUUGCUCUCAGGAGAGAGUGUCCCCACUGGCCUUCAACAGCCUGAGCCUGUCGUUCACAACAUUGUUUUCUGGUCUAAUGGAUUCACCAUAGACGAUGGUCCUUUGAGGAAGUUGGAUGAUCCAGAGAAUGCAUCGUUUCUCGAGAGCAUUCGAAAGUCUGAGUGCCCGAAAGAGCUCGAGCCUGCGGAUAGAAGAGCUCCUGUACAUGUCAAUCUGAUGCGAAGGGAAGAGAAAUGCCCUGAACGAGAGAAGCCGCGUAGGGUUUCGUUUCAAGGUGUCGGAAGGACUUUAAGUGGUAACAUCGACAUCAGCGGAACCAGCUCACCAACGGCUCCACCUUCCGCAGCACCAGUACCAGCACCAGCACCGUCUGCGAGUCUUGUGAUUGAUGAAACCGUUCCAACCACAUCGAUACAGAUUAGGCUAGUGGAUGGGACACGUCUUGUGGCCAAGUUCAAUCACCAUCACACGGUGAACGACAUUCGCGGUUUCAUCGACUCUUCUCGACCUGGAGCUCCGGUGAACUACCAGCUUCAGACAAUGGGGUUCCCACCUAAGCCGUUGACUGAUCUCACUCAGACCAUUGAACAAGCUGGUCUCGCCAACUCUGUCGUUCUUCAGAAAUUCUAG